AUGGUGGGGCCCAACAAGGACCCCGUGUCCAUCAGUGCCAUUGGCAAGGACAUUGAGAAGUCGAGCAAGGUUGAGGAUGCCUACAACAAAUACGCCAACGUCGGCUUCAGCGCGGAGGAGGCCGACUUCUUCGACAACUUCCCAGAAGAGAAGCAUCGAAAGAUGCUGCGCAAGAUCGACUUCCGCCUGGUGCCUUGUUUGGCGCUCCUCUACCUCUGCGCCCACAUCGACAGGGCAAACAUCGGAAAUGCGAAGAUCGAAGGCAUGCUCGAGGAGUUGCGCAUGGAGGAUAUCCAAUACAACAUUGCUGUGAGCGUGUUCUUCGUCCCGUAUAUUUUGCUGGAGGUCCCUUCGAACUUGCUUCUCAAGAGGUUCAAGCGACCGUCAACAUACCUCGGGAUUCUAGUCACUUGCUGGGGCAUCGUGAUGACCUGCACCGGGUUCGUGAAGAACUUUGGCGGUCUGCUGGCUUGCCGUCUUAUCCUCGCGGUCUUUGAGUCGGGCUUCUUCCCAGGCGCUGUCUAUCUAAUCACACGUUGGUAUGCUCAGCGUCAACUCCAGCUUCGGGUUGCCUUGUUCUAUUGCGCCAGCGCUCUGAGCGGUGCCUUCUCUGGCUUGCUCGCUUUCUGCAUCGCCAAAAUGGACGGCACUGGAGGCAUCUCUGGAUGGGCAUGGAUCUUCAUUCUCGAAGGGAUUGCUACGGUCUUCAUCGGCGCUGCUACUUUUCUCGUCCUACCCGACACCCCAGAGCUCUCUUGGAAAUGGCUCAACGCUGAGGAGAUCCGGUACCUCGAGCUCCAAACUGUUAUCAAAGAAGGUGGACGCUUCCAUGAAGGCGAAACCAAGGACAAAUUCAAAUGGGUGUACCUGAAGGAUCUCCUGAUGGACCACAAGGUCUGGCUCCAAGCCUACAUCCUUUUCACCGCUUCCGUCUGCGCAUAUGGACUCAAAUUCACGAUGCCGUCUAUCACACUUUCGAUGGGAUUCACCAGCGCCCAAGCCCAGCUCCUCACCAUUCCACCAUACGUCGCAGGCGCCAUUAGCGCCAUCACCUUCAGUUUGUUCUCCGACCGAGCUGGCUGGCGGUUCCCCUUCGUCGCAGGUCCGCUCUCCAUCAUCGUGGUCGGCUUUGCCAUCCUUCUUCCCCUCGCUCCGAACAUCACGAACGAGAUCGCCGGCUGCUACAUCGGUGUGAUGCUUAUAUGCAUUGGCCAAUACCCAACCAACCCUGCCGGCAGUGCAUGGAUCUCCGGUAACCUGGCCGGCGACACCAAGCGGGCGAUGGGCAUUGCAUUGAACAUUUGUCUCGGCAACUCAGGCGGCCUUCUGGGAUCAUACAUGUUCUUGGACAGCGAAGAAGAGGAGGGUUAUCCGACCGGGUUCGCGAUUGGCAUCUCGCUCGCUGGGCUUGCGGUGAUCGCCUCCGCAGUCCUUGAGUGGUCAUACUGGAGCGCAAACAAGAAGAAGGCCGCGUUGGAUGAGGAUGAGAUUCGAAGGCAGUACACUGACGAUCAGCUUCUCAGGUUGGGUGACAAGAGCCCCUUGUUCAAGUACAAGCUCUAA